ACCUUUCAAAAUUCCUUGAUAUUUAUCUACUUCUAUUUAAGAUAUUUUUUCCUUUUCAUCACGUUGUGCAAAAGAAAAAAAUAUUAAACAAAGCAGCUCGCUCCUCGUAAUAGUCUGCCGUAUGUUUUUUUAGGUCCCAAAAAAUUGAUACAAGUUUAAAACUUAUCAGGGCUUUAAUUAUGACGACGGCUUUUGUUCCACUGUUUGAUGGGAGUCAUUACGAAUGUUGGAGUUUAAAAAUGAAAACGUUUUUGAAGACUAUGGAUCUAUGGGACGUCGUGGAGACAGGAACUCAGCAAGAACCGCUGCGUGAGAGUUCAUGGUCAUCUAAUGAAUUCAAUGGAGAAUAUUAUACAUCAUCAGCUGAUGGUUACUAUUCAGCAUAUUGGAAACAAUAUAUGGAAGCAAAAGACGUGAACGCACUUUAUUUAAUCCAAACUGCAUUAAGCCAUGAGAUUCUUCCAUGGAUAGCUUUUGCUACUUCAUCAAAGGAAGCAUGGGAAAUUUUGUUAGUGAAAUCAUUAGGUGGUCCUAUAUUUCAAGCUAGAAAGCUAUCUGAUCUCAAGAAGGAGUACAUGGAUAUUAAAAUGAUGGAUUCGGAAACGAUUCAUGAAUUCACUGGAAAACUAAUGGAGCUUGUGUUUCGUAUGAAAUCGUGUGGGUGGAAGGUUGAAGAUAAAGAAUUGGUGAAAAAGAUUAUAUCCUCUUUACCUUCAAAAUUUGACAAAGUCUUGGUGGAUAUUGCGGAAACACUUUCGAUUAGUGUCCUUAUCGAUUGUUUGCUUGUUCACGAAUACAAUAUUAUGAGACAGGUUCAAGAGUACUCUUUGGAAGAAUCAGUUGCUGAAAGUGUUGAUGUGGAAGAAAGUUUUCAAGAAGAAGCUGAAAUAUUAUAUUCUUUGAAUGAGAUCACUCAAUGCCAAGUGAUAUCCAUGGAGAGACAAGGAGAAGUGUCGUCGGUGGUGCAGCAGAAUCAAAAAAUGCUUAUGCAGCUGCAAAAACAAAUGGUGGCCUUAAUGCAACAUACACUCUGAUUUGUUUGGUUUUGGUUUUGGUUUUUUUUCCUUUUUUUAAUGUUUUGGCUUUUUUCUUUUUCUUUUUCUUUUUCUGAAAGUAAUAACUAUGACAUGUGACUAUCCAAAUUAGUGUGGGUUUUAUUCUUAUUAA